CCUGCUGAUGUAGCCUAGUGCGUGUCACUGAACAACUGUGUAGCGCAGAGAAAGGGAGAGAGAGAGAGAGAGAGGCUAUUCACCUCCAACCGGCACCAGCACAAUGCAUUAUCUAAGCAGGUUGUACGGCGCAUUCUAAACAGAUAGCGGCACAGACUGUUCUGAGUCUACAACCACGGAGAAACAAACACCACAACAACCGGACCGUCUUGAGUAACGGAAGGGGAAGGUAGCCUUUUUAGCAGCCUACCGCUACGCAUGUUGACGCUAUACUCUGUAACAACCCCCUGUUUUCUCUCGCUCUGUCCGUCUUUAUCAAGGACUGCGAAGGACGAACGGGAAAGUAACAAAAAGUAUUCGUUGAGAUAGUCACAUGACCUACAGAAUUUACAAGCUGUCAGUACCGGCUCACGGAAUGGAAAAGCUUUCCGGCCGGCGUCGCAGCUACUUGAAAAUAAUUGGGUAAUAACGGAAGAUCUUCAUACUGGAAAACAAAAACAAAUGGCAGAAUAGAUGAACACGAAUUUACACGAACACGGCUCCGUUCAUGUGUGAACUAUUUUCCCAUUAGGUAAGACAAACCUGAAUAUUUGAACGGACGUGAGUGACCUUGUUUCAAGGGCUAGAGUUACUGCAACAUCCUGUUUCUCUCUACAUUCUCCGGGGGAUUUAUUUGGCACCAAUCGGCGACUUUGAUGAAUUAAACCGGGACGAGAAUUCUGGACUAAAGACCGUGAAUAAUAAAUAGUGCGCUCAACCGUGCGAAGUUCCUCUGAUAGCCCCGCCUACCCCAGCAUGACCCACAUUACCUAGUUCGGAGGGAUGACAUUUCGAGUACGGGUACCUGUCUUUUGGCUUUGACAGACAACAAUUGACGUUCAACUCCAUUGAACCUUGAAGGACGUGAAGUGAGACGUAUUUUUUUUUCUUCAUUCUGUACCUUUCACUCAGUUUGCCAUUGAAUAACGGAAACGAUGCGUUAUUAUAAAGGCUGCGUACAUGUGUAUUAGGCAAUGAUAGCCUAUAUCAAGGUCUUGAUUGCUGGAUGUGUCUAAAUCUUUUGGACUUACCUGGGGGUCAAGAAACAACUGAGAGGAGACGUAAUUAUCAUGAGCGUUUCCCUCUGAAGCACUGGAUUAAGGGAAUUUCCUGUAUAACACCUGUCUUUUUUUUAAAUUUACAUGCGGGAAGAAUAAUUCUACUGACUCAGGGAUUUUCAUGCUCAUGAAAACCAUUUUCAUUAAUGGUGCUAUAAGGAUUACACUUUAUGAAACGUGCAUUUGGUUUUGAUACUGUUAUUGAGAUCAAAGGUUUGCAUGAGAAGGGAAUUUUUGACAAUGAAAAAGGGAGAAAAAAAUUGACAGGAAAUCAUCGGGGAUUAUGACAUCAGAUGCUGUCUGUCAAUAAUGAAGAGGACCAUGCUGUGAUUGACAGCUAGAUCAAUAAAAGCCAGCCAAGAGGAUCCGAGGGCAUUUUUAUGGCAAUGACGACAAAAGAACAAGUGCUUUUAAGGACAGAGCAAGUAGAGCGUGUUCAACCCCUCAACAGAGAUUUAUUGAAGCCAACCAAUCAUCAAACAGUCCGUCCUUCUCCUCAUCCAAUCAUGUUCUUGAAUUGCGGCCAAUUGCUGCCACCCCUGCUGCGGCACGCGGAUGUCCCAGCCCGCAUCACGGAGAGCUUCAUCCUGUCCGGUUACCGCUUCCCCAACUACAGCCUCGCCCAAUGCCUGCUCUCGGCCUUCCGGCCCACCAAUGAGACCGGCAACUUCUGGACCCAUUUCCUGCCAGUCUUCAUCUUUGCCUUCUACUUCCUGGAGCCGUUCGGUUUGGAGGGCGCUCCGCCCACCGGCGACCCUUUCUUCUACCCGCUGUGGAACUACUUCACGGGGGUGUUGUGCCUGUUGAUGGCUAGCAGUAUGGCUCACCUCCUCAACUCCAUGUCUCUGGUCAUAAGGGAGGUGUGCUUUUUCGUGGAUUAUGGAACCAUCAGUGCUUACACCGUCGGGUCUUCUUUGGCCUACUACUACUAUAUCCACCCCAGGGCGGGGAUCCUGGAACUGGGGAUUGGGAGACACAACAACACCCACCAGGACACUUCAUCGUCAUCAUCGUUGUCCUCGGCCAUGCCAGAGUUCAGCGUGUUUUUCGAGACCUUAUACAUCCCCAGCUCCUGCCUGGUGGCCAUCAUCUGUGUCUUGGCCUGCUGCAACACCCGUCAGCGCUGGAGGACCUACCGCUAUAUCAUACGUACCCUGGUAUUCCUCCUGCCCUUCCUCGUGGCCUCCACGCCCAUCUUCUACCGCCUCCUCCACUCCUCCCCCUACCUCCCAACCUCCUCCUCCUUCUCCUCCUCCGCCUCCAUGGCUCAGUUCUUCUGUCGACACUGCUUCUGGCUGGUGGUGUCAGCCCUGUUCAACAUUAGCAAGAUCCCUGAGCGACUGUCACCCGGUAGGUUUGAUAUCUGGGGUCAUAGUCACCAGUGGUUCCACGUCUGCACCUUCCUGUCCAUCCUCGAUGAACUUCAUAUGAUCAAUGGGGAAGUGAGGGCUAUACUCCUUCACCCAGUCCUGGUGGUCCCCCCAGCCACCCCUCCACACCUCCCCGGCCCCACCUUAGCCUCCACCUACGGGGUGAUGCUGGUCCUCCAGGCCUCCAUCGCCUCCAUCAUCGCCUGGUUCUCCUGGUGCGCCAACAGCAUCUACAAACACCAGGGAGACCAGUUGGAGAAAGAGUUCCUCACUAAAAGACAUCUGAAGUGUCACUGAUAUUGGGGUCUGAUUUGAUGAAGACCUCUGACUUUAAUUUCAAGACGAAGGCCAGUCAUUUAGUAGAUUUAUUGACGUCAUGUAUUUCAUCACUUGAACAAUGCAGCACAUAUCGUUUAUGGAGGUUCGAGAGGUUACCACUCACGUAAUAUAAAAAAAAAGUAGCAUGUUG